ACAAGUAGGUUCGGACAGCUAUCGCUUAGUGUGUUUUUCGUCAUUCCAAAUAUUCUCUCUCUCUCUCUCUACUCUCGAGCUUUUAUUCUCUCUCCUCUCUCUUUCAGCCAAAGGGUAAAACCAAAACCCCACGCUACUAUUUUCUUCCCAACACUUCAAAAUCUCUACUUUCUACACCUCACACCAUUGAAGACCCUGCACUCCUACCCCAACUAAUUAUUUUUCACCCAUUCACCAUUGUAGCAAAAGGAAAGUUACAUUUGGUUGGAGUAAAUUUUUCUGUCUGUUAACUUGAAAUUUACGUUUCACCAUGACCAUUUGAAACCUUCAGAUUCACCUCCUCAUAUUUCUCAAGAUGGAAUCAGUGAAACCAUUAGCGGUAACACCAAGCAAGAAACUAGCUAGAAAUUUUGCCAAAGUUCUUCAUCUCAGAGCAUUUUUGAAGAAUGUUACUAUAUCUGAAACAAAUCCAAAGGAUGAAACAACUCCAAUUAAUUGGUCUGAAUCGUUCAACAAGGUUGAUGAAGAUGAAGAGCUUCAAGAACAAAGAGUUGCAACAGAAGCACUUCUCGCGAAGGUUUUCGCCAGCGUUUCGACUGUUAAAGGCGCGUAUGCUGAGCUACAGCAUUUUCAAUCACCUUUUGAUCCUGAUGGAAUUGAAGCUUCUGAUAAACUACUAGUUUCUGAGUUGAAGCAUUUGUCUGAGCUGAAGCAGUGUUACUUGAAGAAACAAUAUGAUCCUUCGCCGGAGAAAGCGAUACUCGAAGCUGAAUCGAAGGAGACAAAAGGUGUUAUAAAAACCUAUGAGAUUACAGCGAAGAAGUUAGAGUCACAGGUAAGGCUCAAAGCUUCUGAGAUUAUGUUUCUUAAAGAGAAAUUAGUGGAAGCUAAUAGUCAUAACAAGUUAAUCGAGAAGAGAUUGAAUCAAAGUGGAUCGUUAUCUUUAUCUUCAUCUUCGCUAGAUAAUAAUGUUAACAUAUCAGGGUUAAGUCCUAGCCAUUUUGCUAGCAUUCUUCGUCAUACUGUUAAAUCGAUUAGAAGCUUUGUGAGGUUAGUUGUCGAUGAAAUGAGAUCUGCAAAAUGGGAUAUCGAUGCUGCUGUCGAUGCUAUUGAACACAAUGUUGUUUACCUCAUAGAAGAUCACAAGUGUUUCGCAAUCGAAUCCUUUGUUUGCAAAGAAAUGUUCGAGGCAUUUCACUUCCCGAAUUUCAAUCUUCCAAACGAGUCGCUUCCGGAUGACAGAUCCAAUCAACAAAACUGGUUCUUUCAGAGCUUCAACGAGCUGAAAUCAGGGAAAGUUAAAGACUUUCUCUCCGUGAAACCACAAUCAUCGUUUGCCAAAUUCUGCAGGAACAAGUAUUUGAGACUCGUUCAUCCGAAAAUGGAGUCAUCGUUUUUCGGAAACAUGAAUCACAGGAACUUUAUAAGCAAUGGAGAGUUUCCAAAAAGUGAUUUUUUCACAUCGUUUGCUGAAAUGGCGAAAAGGGUUUAUCUAUUACAUUGUUUAGCAUACUCUUUUGAAGAACAAGCUGAGAUUUUCCAAGUUUCAAAAGGGUGUAGAUUUUCUGAUGUGUACAUGGAAAGUGUGAACGAUGAAAUGUUCAUGUGUGCAAAUUCAGACAAGACAACAACAAUUGUUGAACCAGAAGAAGAACCUGUGGUUGGUUUCACUGUUGUUCCUGGUUUUAGGAUUGGUAAAACUUUUUUACAGUGUCAAGUUUACCUCAUGCAGAAGAAAAGUUCAUAUUUUCAAUAAAAGACAUGUAAUAGGCCCCACAACAAAGGUGAAGGACAUGGCAUGGCAUGGAAGACGAGGGCAUUUUUGUCCUUUUGUGUUUUGUUUAUUUUAGAAAAAAGAAAAGCUAGUGGACCAUAGUAUUGGGAACAACCUUUUUCUUUUAGAAUCUUUAUUUGUUUUUUUGUUUUAAUUUAUGAAGAUUUUAUGUUUAUCAAAAACAUCCCCCCAAAAAUUUGUUGAUAUCAGGGCGGUGACAGGGGUGGUCUAGCUGUUAUGCAUAUGUAGAAGACAUUGCAUGAUAUAAUAUGUAUAUAAUAAUAUUAUGAUAUAUAGGUAGGAAUUUUAUAAUA